GAGUGCUCCUCCUGUCCGGCCUCGCGUGUGCGGGCGCGCUGCAGACCCACGGGCAUGAGGGAAAGAUAAGGGCGCUGUACGUGACGUCGAGCUUCCCGAAGGACACCAUGCCAAUCGACGUGAUGGUGGAGCAUCAGCUUAAGACCCUCAGCGGCCCGAAUGUUGAACUGAAGGCCGUGGUCUUCGACAACCAGCCGCCAUGGGUGAACACCUCCGAAGCCUUUGAGUCCUACGACAUGCAGCACCGCGGGCUCCUGAGGCUCUACAACGGCCACGUUUCCGACAAGAUCCCCAACAUCACGGUGAGGGCCAUGGACUACAGCGACGUCUACGACCCGGAGUACCUGGCCCCGCUCUUCGACGUCAACUUCAGCGACGGGAGCGGGGCCAGGCUCCCGCAGAAGAGCCUCGUGGACAUGUACGGGAUCCACCGCGAGCGCGCGCAGAUGCUGUCGAACUUCUUCGCCAUGAGCAGCUUCAUGAAGGAGUGCAUGAGGCCAGAGCACGACGACGUGGACCUCUGCGUGUACUUCGACCCCGACAUGCUCAUGUACGAGAACACCACGGGCAUCCUCGAGCUGGCGACCGCUACCUUCGAGGAGAACCCCGGCUUCGUCGUCCUGUCUCCGCCGUACGGCUGCUUCAGCCUGAAGGCCUGGAACAGGAAGAACCGCUGGAACGGCGCGUGCCCGUCCAAGAGCGCCAUCGUCAGCAGCAGGCACGUGAUCGCUCAGCGCGGGCGCCUCCGGGCCUCGCUGCCCCUGAAGUUACAGCCGGGAGACAUCGGCAAGCAGUACUGGGAGGUGUCGAUGACCGAAGCCCUGGGACGCACCGGUCGUGGCCAGAUCCUGUGUGCGCAGGAGUUCUUCAUCGUGCACCCUCCCAGCCGCUACCAGCAGAACAAGGCUGGGGCCAUGUCGCUGAGGCAGCUGCUCAAGGAGAUGGUGCCCGAGCUUUCGAGGUGCUCCGAAUCCGGGACGUGCUCUCCCGAGGUGGAGGCAUCCCUCGGCACGCGCGAGCUCGUCAGGCGGUUCGAGGCCGGCAUGAUGACCGCCAACAACGAGACCAUGUACAACCGGGGUUGCGGCUGCUGCGCGGACAUGAUGCCGUCCACCGAGCGCGUUCGCGCUGGCGAGGCCUUCUUCCAGCCCCGUGGGGAGCUGGAGGCCGAGUCCUUCAAGAGUGCGGCCAACGACGCGGCCUUCGAGUGGGUGGUGCGGUGCAUGCCGUGA